UUAUCUUUAAAUUCCAAAAGAAAUAAAUCACUCCUAUUAGAAGAUGACACGCGCCUCACUCCCCUUUUCUAUGGUCCUCUUUCACUAGUUUCAAUUAUACAGCCUGUUUCCAACCAACCCCAGACUUUUCAGUCCAUCACCAAAGCUUCCACUUUCUCACACCAAAGACUCCCUUCUGCCACUUUAUAGGACUUAUAUUAUUAGUAUUGUUAUUUGGGCUUUUGUGUAUUUGGGCUUUUAAUUGAAAAUCCAUUAUGGAAACUAUAUAUGUAGUGUCUUUGACACAACUAAGGGUAUCAAUCAAAGAAAUCAAAGUUAUCUUUUAAUUCUAUUUUCUUAGUUUGUUUACUUGUUUCUCUUAGUUUUGUAAGUCUUGUUAGGGUUAGCAUUUUGCAUCCUAUCAAUUGGUGCUUUCAUCCAUGUACUCAAAUCCUCCUAUGGAUUACCCUUCUCAUACACAUUCAUAUCAUCCAUGGAGUAUUCCUCCUACCUAUCUCACAAACCCCUCUUUCACAAACCCCUCUUUCACAACUCCUACCACAACCUCAUUUCCAUCUUUCCCAUGGGAAAUCUUUACACCUUCUUACACUCAUGGAUCAUCAUCCCCAAAUUUGUAUCCACAUCAUGGAUAUUCACCACAUCAUUCAUAUAUUUAUCCAUCUCAUUCACAUGUUUAUCCAAAUUACUAUAACAAUAUUCAUGAACCACACACGCACCACACAACAGAACAACUUUUGACCUCACACCCACUAUUCACCCAACAUCAAACAGUCAACGAUUCCACUUAUAUGGGUAGCUACUACCAAGAAGCAACACAUCAAAUUCACUAUCCAGAAAUUUCUCUAGUGAAAAAGAAAUCAUGUCAGUUGUCUAAGUUGAGAUUCUCCUCCUUAUUAUCGGUUAAAACCGACAAAAACAAAAGAGGAAAAAGAAGAACUAUAACCAGAAAAGAAAAGCGAGCUUCUGAACCAAAAACUCUGAGAUUUUCGACGACAUUACCAACCAUUUCAUCAGAACCACAAAUGCUCGAUUCAAAAACCGAACCUCCCGACAACAACGACCUCACGGUGGAUGACUACAACGAAGCUCACGAUAUCGUUCCUACCUCCGAUUUUCAACUGAUUCGUUCACUCCCUGUUUUUAACCCCAAUUUCGGUUCUUCGUUCGCGAAAACUUGGAACUCCGAUUUCAACCUUGACCACCGAAGAAAUCUCGACCAGGAAACUGAAGCUAUCGUCGUUACGACUCCUCAAUUGAAGCAGAAAGGUGAAGCAGUUGGUUUUGAAGCUGAUUUAGGUGUUAGGAUGACUCCUGGAUCCACUGAUCCAACCAAUGGUUCUUAUUUGACAUAUGUAUCUAAAGAUUUCUCAUCCCUCACUCCCAUCCUCUCCUGCGAAGACAACCCUCCUCUCUCGGAAUCCCAAGCCGUCGGCGUCGUCGCUUCCUCCCAAGCCAAUUACAUGCGCGUAGUCGUCCAGUCUGUCCCCGAAGAUUCUUCCGCAAGGGUAGAACUUUUGUGCAUUGUGAGGGCGCUGCUGAAGAAGAUAAAGCGUAGGGUUACGGUUGGGGAUAAGGUUCUAAUAGGUUUUGUUGAUUGGGUGGAUCAUAGGGGCAUGAUUGAGAACGUGUUUCUCAUGUUUCUGAGAAGUAAUAGUGCUGUUGUUUUUGCUUAUGAGACUUGUGCUCUUGAUUUGAUUGAAGCUACUUAUGAGAGUAAAGUAUUCCCUGGUGAGGUUGUUGUGGUUGACAGUAACGGGAUUCAAUCGCUUUGUCUUAUGUCUCAUCCGCAGCCGAAGCAAUGUAUUUUCGGGCAUAUUUACUUUGCUUUGCCUAAUUCUAUUGUUUUUGGUAGGUCUGUGUAUGAGUCGCGUAGACAAUUCGGUAAGGUGCUUAAUACUGAGAGCCCUAUUGAUUGUGAUGUUGUGAUAGCAGUUCCUGAUUCUAGUGUUGUUGCUGAGCUUGGUAAUGCUGAAAAAGCCGGUGUUCCUUUUCAACAAGGGUUUAUUAGGAAGUUCUCAAUGAAGGAACAAGCAUCUAUAGUUUGGCAGUUUCUUUGCAGUAUUCAAGUGAAUAUGAUUGCAAUAUUUCUUCCAUGGCGUUCAACAUCUAGAUCACCUGAUGAAUCUCAUAAUUUAUGGAAAUGCUUAAGCAAUAUAGUGCCAAAGGAAAAGCUUCUUCAAAAGGUUAUCUUCACCUGGAUGGAAGGGCGGAGUAGUGUUAACAUAGUUGAAAACUGUGUAGAUCAUUCUCAGAUUCAAUAUAGUUCUUGUCAUUUAGCCCAUCAAACUGCAAAAAUAAAACAAUGUAAGUCCACUGUAUUUGGAAAAAAAUAUUUUGCAGCUAUUCUAGAUGUUCCGAAAAUAAUGGGUUCGCAUCCAAUCGAUGAAAUACUGCUUUGGCAUAAUGCUAUAAAAAAUGAGUUAAAUGAGAUAACAGUGGAGACCAGAAAGAUACAACACUCUGGAGAUUAUACUAAUCUGUCGGUUUUUAAUGAAAGGUUGAAAUUCAUUGCUGAAGUUUUCAUAUUUCACAUUAUUGCUAAAGGACAUUAUAGUGAAAAAGCUACUGCUAUUAUAGGUAGACAGAUUGUUAAUGUUGUUCAUAUUUGUCAUUUUAUGGGGAUUAUGCAUAGGAAUCUCAAGCCAAAGAAAUUAUUGUUGUCUAGUAAAGAUGAAAGUGCUCUUCUUAAGGCAACUGAUUUUGGUUUGUCUGUUUUUAUUGAAGAAGUUCUUCGACGCAAAUGCGGAAAGGAAAUAGAUAUAUGGAGUGUUGGAGUAAUAUUAUAUCUCUUACUUACUGGUGUUUCCCCAUUUUGGGUUGAGACUGAAAAGGGAAUAUGUGAUACAAUAUUGAAGCAAUUCAGAGGUAUGAAUAAACUAGAGAAACUUGCAUUGAAGGAUUUAUUUUCAAUUCUGAAGUUUGUGUUGCAAAUAAUCAGUGACAAUUUGUUAUUCAAGCAUUGGGAUCCAGGAACAAUAUCUCUAUUCUCAUAUUGAUUUUAGAACCUUGAGGACAAGGUUCAAAGUGAACCCCGCGGCAAUGAUAGAAGGGUAUUAUAGGACUUAUAUUAUUAGUAUUGUUAUUUGGGCUUUUGUGUAUUUGGGCUUUUAAUUGAAAAUCCAUUAUGGAAACUAUAUAUGUAGUGUCUUUGACACAACUAAGGGUAUCAAUCAAAGAAAUCAAAGUUAUCUUUUAA